UAAAAUAAGCCAAUGGAAGAUUUUCAUACACUCUCCGAAGCUGUCGAGGCGGCGCAUCAGAGCAUCGUGUUUACAAAUUGCAGUGCACGAGGACCACCCUUUUUAAGACAUUCAUCGACGACUUACAGUAUCUGUGUAACAUCGUUUUAGUCCCAAUCAAAGCUUUAAGCGCGACGGUCGAAUAAAACAAGGGAGAUAAAUUAACGGAAUUACAUUCACCCCUGUGAAAUUACCGCAAGUUGUCAUCGUAAUAAUAAGUUGUUUCGGAUAAAACCAUUAUAAUUAAACGCAAAUGUAUAAAGUCAUGAUUCACGGUUAAUGCAAAUACCUUCACGCGGCUUUAUUUUAGGAUGCCACAGACAAAAAUGAAAUCUUGGGAUCACAUCUAAUUUCUAUGACUUAUUCUGCAGUUAUAAGUCUAUAUUGUACCUGAAUAUUUUUGAAGCCAUUGAUAUUCAUAUGUUGAAAAAAAAGACUGCUUGGAUAAAAAUGUGCGAAAGAGUUGUAGCUUGUGGCAUAGUUUUAAUUCUGACCAAGGUGAUAAUCAUUAUUGAAUGCCACGCCGUGCCUCAAAUACAUGGAAACGGCGAGUCAGAUGAAAUUGGGCCAGAGUUUUUGUCAAAGCUAAGUAACACAACGGUUCCCAUAGGACGUGACAUAUCAUUUACUUGUGUUGUUGACAACUUGGGUCAUUAUCGGGUUGCAUGGAUCAAAUCUGAUUCAAAGGCCAUACUUGGUAUACACACCCACAUGGUCUCAUUAAAUCCACGAUUAUCUGUAACACAUAACGGCCACAAUACCUGGAAACUCCAUAUAUCUCGUGUACAGAUAAACGAUUCCGGGAGUUAUAUGUGCCAAGUAAAUACAGAUCCUAUGAAGAGCCUUUCUGGAUAUUUAGAUGUUGUUGUACCUCCUGAUAUUUUAAACCAUCCAGAACAUAAUCCAGAGGAAGGUGUCUGUCAAGAGGGUGGGAGUAUUGCACUUAUAUGCAGUGUAACAGGCGUUCCAAGACCUAAAGUUUUGUGGCGGCGUGAGGAAGGAAAGGAAAUAAUUCUACGCACGGAAAGCAGAGAUAAAACAGGUGUAAAGACGGUUGAAGGAGAAAGGCUGGUCUUAACAAAUUUACAUCGUUCCGAUAUGGGAGGAUAUAAUUGCAUCGCAUCUAAUGGAAUACCUCCUUCAGUUAGCAAGCGUUUUAACGUUUACGUUAAUUUUUCGCCAACAAUUAAAGCCAUAAGUCAAUUGGUUGGAGCACCCGUUGAAAGAGAAGUAACUUUGGAAUGCAUUGUAGAAGUUUACCCCAAGCCUCUUAAUGGUUGGUACCGCAGUGAAGGAAAUAUUAAACUGCACAACGGAAACAAAUACAAUAUUUCUGAAGAAAUGAUUAACCUAUAUACAUGGCACCUCAACCUUACCAUAAGACAUCUGACCAAAUCAGAUUUUGGAACUUAUAGUUGUUCAAGCGUUAAUGCCCUUGGCAAAAGUGAAUCACUCAUUCGAUUGCAAGAGCUACGGCUGCCGCCCAAGUUGACCACGACCCCAACACCUCACAUGCAAACAACAGGAAAAUCGCGUCGGAAGCACCCAGCGAGUCACAAGAAGGGCCCAAACGAAGUGUUACGAUUUCAGGAAACCCAUAUCGCAAAUCAAAUUCAACAAGAGAACGAAGAACAUAACGAAGGGAUUGAUUUGUUAAAGUUCACAAAUAGUGAAAAUUCGAAUGGCGUCAUAAAAAGUGGAAACAUCAACAGCAUGAUAAAUAAAGAAGAAGUAAACAUUCAGCAUCCUAAACAAUACGGACAAGAAAAGACUAGCAAGCCAUCUGGGACCAUUACAUCACCACGUACACCCUGGAUAUUCACAAAUGCGGGAUCUCAACGACCUGCGCGCACUUCCAACGCGAUAGUUGCGUUUGUUACAUCUUUUCGGUUGUUUUUAUGGAGUGUGUAUCACUCUUUAGCCAGGGAUGCAAGAAGAGUUUCUUCUGUGGUUCACUAAAGUUAUUAUUUUCAAAAGAAGACCAUUUUUGAAGCGCGCAAUUUUACACUCCGCAUCACUGUACUGCAAAUGCUUCAGGAAUUAACGACAUUAAUAUCCGAGCAAUAAAUUUUAUAUUAUGAACAACGAUGCAUUAUUAUAAAUGCAUUAAUCAGGGAGCAUACUUUUAAAU